CAAUCCUCCUGUCUGAUAGUCGAAAGCGACCAACGGACUCGAAGCUGGUCUCAAACAUAUUCCCAUUUCGUUUCCUGAUGGGCUCUGAUGCCGUAUCCUGCUCCAGGUUUCGCACAACUGUCCGCUCUCUUGAGUCUGGUGCACAAGCGUGGAACCAGAUCACCGGGUAACGCUCACAUCAAUCGUCACGAUAGCGCCCAGAGUCGUCUCUCUCUACCAGGAGCCGGUAGAUGUACGACUUCCAGAUGGAACUAGCUGUCUCUGUCUUAUCGGGCAGCUCGUCGAUCAAGACGACCAGGACAUUCUUG